GACACUGGGAACUGAAGCACAUCAGUCCCACAUCGAAAACAAGGAGAAGAUCAGCCUUCUCCUCACCUAUAAAAGGUUCUCUCCUCUCUCCUCAUUAAUUACACAUUUACUACUCAUUUAUUGUUAUGCUGUCUAUAUGCAUCGACUGACUUAGGCAUCGGAGAAGUGAAGACCGCCCAACGCGGUCUCCCUCUGACGCCCUGUCUUUCAUUUGACAGCUAGCGAAGAUCACCAAGUCCACAGAGUAGCGGUCCGCCCACCGGACCCGCGUUAAACGAAGCUUCGGCUACCGCCGGACUUUGAGCAUUAACAGAUUGCAAGAAGGUGUGCAUAUUGGAUGUGCCAACUCGGUGGAAUUCCACCUUCUUAAUGUUGGAUGUAGCCCUUGAGCUUCGGAAAGGGUUUGAACACAUGGCAGAAGAGGAAGACAAGAAUUACAAGGGUUAUUUUGAUGAGGAAGAGGUUGAGGAUGAUGAGUGGUUAGAAGGGGCAGAAACAGAAGCUGCAAACAUAACAAAAGACAAAAUGAAAAGGGUAGGGCCACCCAUAGAAACUGAUUGGGAAAGAGCUACUGUUUUUGUCAAUUUCCUCAAGGUAUUCUAUGAUGUGACAGUGAGGAUAUCGGCCACAAACAGUCCCACAGCUCAGAAAUCAUUCCAUGAUAUCAUGGCAAUUGAAGCUGAGAUUGACGACCUCUUCGACCGACCUGAGAUGUGUAAUGGAAGCAAUACAGAACGGAUCUUGUUUGAUAUGGCAGUGAAGAUGAGGAGCAAGUUUAAAAAAUAUUUUGCAAUCCUCGAUGACAUGAAUCACUUGCUUUUGGUGGCAUUGGUUUUAGAUCCUCGAUACAAGCUUCGCAAUUUUGAGAGGGUAUGUAGAAUAUGGCUUAAACUUGAUCUUGCAAUAAUCAAGCAUAGGUUUGCCGAGCUGAAGGAAUUGUUGAUGAACCUCACAGACUUGUAUUCAUCAUCUUUGGGCACCAAAAAGACUAGACCAAGUGGCAAUGAGGCUGAGAAAGCUACAACAAGUGGUACCGGCAGCUCUAGCACAAAAAGUUCAAGAACCCAAAUGAGUGGGAAGAUGGCUGCCAUGCAAGCUGAUUGGAAACAAGAGUUGGAAGACUUAGAUUAGACUGUGGUGUCACACGAGGUGGAUAGAUACUUGCUGGACCCUAUUGAAGACCCUCCAGAACAUGAAGAUUGGAAGCUUCUGCAAUGGUGGAAGCUUAAUGGUUCUAAGUACCCCAAUCUUGCAUUAGUCGCCAAGGAUGUGCUUGCAAUUCAAGUAAGCACAGUUGCUAGUGAAAGCUGUUUUAGCACGGGGAGGAGGGUAAUCGAUCCAUUUAGAAGUUCACUAUCUGCAAAAACAGUUGAAGCAUUGAUAUGCUUCCAAAAUUGGUUGAGGUCAGAAAGCAUUCAAAGCAUCGAAUAUAUUCCAACAGUUGAGGAUAUGUACUUCUAUGAAGAAGUUGAGAGAGGUACAAUUGGAAUAUUUCAGUUUUGUGUUUAAUGACUUUACAGUUUGCACUUUCGUGAUAAUGUGAAUUUUUCUUUCGUAGACCAUGUGCUUAAAGACACAGCAAAUAGUGCACAAGUCAAAGCUGCCAAAGGGAAAGGAAUAAAAGGAGCAGCUCCAUCAACAAAAAAGCAAGAAGUUGUUCCAGCAAUGAACAAGCAAGGAGCUUCGGCAGCAUAAAAAAAGUCAGUUUCCAAGAGGCCAAAAAAAUAAAGAACUAUAUGAAGUGGAAUAUACUAAUAUCGCUGGUCAGUUUCCAAGAAUUUAUGCAUUAUUGGAUUUCAGUCAUUCGAGAUUUCGAGUAUUGAACAUUUGAAGUUUUGAACCAUCAUUUGAAUAUAGCUGUUAGCUGAUGAUAUGCAAAUAUUGUUUCUGCAUAUUUUUCUUUU